GGCCUUCAUUAAUCCCCUCAACGACCCGACCCGAAACAUGUGUCCUCUGCUCUGGCCGUCUCGACCUCUCCGUGUCCGGUGUCGAGUCUGCCUGGCUGCCAACUCGGAUGCUCCUGCCUCGUGUCCGCCCGCAAGCCUGCCCGCGCCCGUCUAUUCAUCACGCGGCUGCUCAAGCGUCGCUUACUCCGCCUAGCCGACACCAUUGCACUACCCCACCACGCUUCCGGUGAACAGACGCACCACCGCAUCGACUCCCUCUACUCUGCUCCUGCCCUGCCUACUGCUGUCCUACUCUGCCCCCCCAA